AUGGCCUCAAUCAAAAGCCCGAUGGGCCUUUGAAGAGAAAUUGAAAUGAUGGAAGAUGACGAUGAUUUCUCGGCGGCUGCGACUACCGUUGUGUUCGACCGUCCGAUUCCGCUGCUCCGGGGACCUGUACCCUCCGGUGGUUCUUAUGUUCUAGCUUUCCGAUCACUGGAUUCAUGGUCAGCCGCUUUCAAGCGUUGCGAAACCCUAAUCAAGGACCAGUGCGAGGAAGGUGCUAAAAUUGGGUGCGCCGUCUCCGCCUCCAACAACUGUAAGCCGCCGUGGUGGCGGGGAUCUGGUGGUGACAUGAGGGAACGAGAGAAGUGCGAAGAGCGGGAAUUCGAGGGCUGUGUGGCUGCCGCCAAGGGCAAGUGCGCUGCUUUCGCCAAAGACAAGUGCUCUGGUGCCUUUUUAGAUGCGCGAAUCGCCAAGGACAAGGAGGUUGAGGGAUUGGUGUGGCUAGCUUCAAUGCCGGAGGAAAGCAGGUGGAGGGAUCUCAUGGGGCUUGGUGGUUCACUGCGUCUGCACACCAACAACUGCUGCUGCACAGCCAGGGAUCUUCUUCUUAAACCAUAGCUCUUAAUUUGUUGCAUGCUGAGAGCUUUGUUAUUACUAGUUACCGUUAUGAGUGAGCUUAAUUAGUUGUAAUCUUCCCUUCUACUUAUUCCUGAACCAUUGUUUAGUUUCAUAAGAUGAUGGUUAGUCUAUUUAUUCUCGAGCAAGCCAUUGUAUUUGUUGGUUGGGAUUUUGUUAAGCUUGCUACUGCUUUUGGUGCAAACACUCUUGUUUCUUUCUUAUCCACAUACAGUAACUCGUGAUCUAAUGUAUGUCACUGAGCAUCUCUGUGUAUGUAUGUAUAUGAUUUGAGGAGUUUCUCGACAUUCACUUCAUCGCUUGUAUCGGAAUUUUAUGCCAAAUCUGGUCUCACCUCACGUCUAG